UCAAAUAGAUAGACAAGAUAUAUCGGAAAAAUAAAAGAAAAAAUGGGUCGUGUUAAACUUCAAAUUAAGAGAAUAGAAAACAACACAAACCGGCAAGUUACUUUCUCCAAACGUAGAAAUGGACUCAUCAAGAAGGCUUAUGAAUUAUCGGUUCUUUGUGACAUUGAUAUAGCUCUCAUCAUGUUCUCUCCCUCUGGUCGUCUCAGUCAUUUCUCUGGCAAGCGAAGAAUUGAAGAUGCACUUAGCCGUUACGUGAAUCUCGCAGAUCACGACAGAGGAGGCAUUCUUCAAAAUAGAGAGUACUUGAUCAGCACCCUACACAAAAUAAAAAAUGAAGAUGACAUGGCCCUUGAAUUUGCCAGUCCAGCCGAACUUAACUUAAAUUUGGAGGAACUCCAACGAGAAAUCAACAAUUUGCAACAACAGCUCCAGAUGGCUGAGGAUCAACUAAGUAUAUUUGAGCCGUACGUAUUAGGGUUUACAUCUAUGGAGGAACUUGAGUCAUGUGAAAAGAACCUCUUGGAGUCAAUGAACCGUGUCAUGCAAAGAAAGAAAUAUUUAAUGGGCGAUCAUUUGUCCACAUUUGAUAUUCAGAUGAAUUCAAUGGGGCAGAUGUUCUUUGAUACACAAGAGGAGGGGAUGCCAACAGCCUCAUUCCAGAAUGAAUUAGUUUGUUGGCUGCCAGAGAAUAACAAUGGAGGAGACAAUCAAAACCAUAUUUUUGGUGCUUCUACUUCUGAUCAUUCUUGUAUUCGUCUAGGGAGCAAUUCGGCAGCAACAAUUUACAAUGAAAUACCGAAUAAUGCAUCAGCAGGGGGUGUAAAUGGGGAGGCAAACAGCAUCGGAAGUGGAGGUUACCCAAGUGAUGAUCACAACAGCCUUUCACACCAGUGGCACCAUGCCUCUACUUCAACUCAUGAUCUCUUCUCAUCACUCAUCCCACCAACCUCCUUCCCUCAAAAUGAUAUGGCGAGUCCAGACGUAGGAGCAGUGGAGCAACUUCAACAGGUAGAGGCCACGCAGAGCUGCCCGGGCCCCCCAGAGGCGGAGUUGGAGGUGGAGCUGCCAUCUAUUGUGCAGGAUGCAAAAUUUUGAGACAGAAAAAAUACUUCCUUAGCAGUCCAUACACAACCAGCCUUAUAAUGUAUAUUCAUGUAUACCAUGUCCAAGCAAAAACAUUUGUCAGCUAUCAUUUUGUUCAAUUUAUUAAGUCAUUUCUAAACCCCAUGAGCAAAUUUCCAACUGCAAUAAAAUUUUGAAUGAGAUCAUGGA